GCGACUGCUAACAGUGUAAAGGACAAAAACUGCGUCCCUGUUUCAGGACGUUUCGGAAGACCUCGCUGUCAAGCAGGACAGAAACAAUGGCUAGCCGUGAUUUUGAUAAGUUUAGUGACCCUGAGUUUGACAAAAUAUUAUAUGAAAUUGGCUGGGAUUAUAGCUUUGUUCUUCCUGAACUGAACGAUGCCAACAAAGCUCUAAUGGAGGAGAUUUAUAAAGCUGAGAUGCAGGUUCUGCAAGAGGACAAUGAAAUUAAGGGAAUUAGAGAUCGACAGCAGCUUAUGAGUGAAAACCUCCAGAGGUGUACGCUACAGCUGGUUAACACUGAGGCUCUGAUAAAGGCAAACGAAAAAGAGCUUGAGGUGACAAAGCAUCUGAAGACCCUGGCAGAGAGAGAGCGGAGCCGCUAUUGUCAGCUGACAGCUCAGGCCGAAAGAGAGAUCAAGUCUUCAUAUGAGAAGAUGGACAGGAUAGAGAAAAGCCAGCUGAAGGCAACGCAGAAUCUGGAGGAGCUGCGGCUUCAGAUGGACCUGGACCAACAGACCAUGGAGAACCUCUUAGCGGAGGCGGCUAAAAAGGACGAAGACUUAAUGGUCAUCAUGAAAUACACCCAAAUGGACGAGCAUAAGAUCAAGUCGCUCACUCUGACUAUAGAGAAGAAGACUCUGGAGGUCAAAGAGAAGCGCAAAGCACUUGACAAAGAGCUAACAGAGACUAGGUCUACCCAGCUAGCGUUGGAUAAGAGCAUAGAGGACAUACAGCGAGCUCGCGCUGAGAUCCAGCAUCUCUUCCACCUGUGUGAAAACACCAUCAAGCAGAAAAAGCAACUCGACUCAGACAUGGAGCGAUGCUCAUUUCAAAUUGCUCAAGGCAGGCAGAAAACCAGGGAAAAGAACACCUGCGUUGCGGAAAUGAAGCACAAGCUGGACACGGAGAGGAGCAACAACAGAGAGCUGCAGAGGAACAUCGCCACGGCGAGGAUGCAGAAGGCCGUCCUCCGGCAGGACCUGAAGAAACACCAGGAAAACCUGGCCAGGAUGCAGGUUGAGCUUGAUAGUUACAAGACCACGCUGAAUCAAAACAGGUGCGAUAUGAAGUCUGUUACAUCCCAAAUCUCCAGGAUGAAGAUGGACAUCGACAUCAACAACCAUAGGUUAUUAGAGGGUGAGGCCUACCAUGCUGCGCUGCAGGAGAAGCUGAGGCUUGUGACAGAGGGCGCUCUGAGUGAGGAAGAGAGAGCUGCGCACAUGGAGCAGAUCCUGCUGGAGACAGAACAGGAAAUGAAGAUGCUGGAAGCUCAGCAGCAGGAGCUCAUGGAGGAGCUGUUCCGCCAGAGACAAAGUUUCCAAAGUGCCAAAGUGAAGGAGAAGAAUCUAAUAGCCCUGGCGUCCAAGAAUAAGUUCACCAUAACCAACUUGCUGAGCCAGCUCACUAAGAUGGAGAACACACUCAUCAGACAGCAGAUGAUCAACAACAAUCAGGAGGCAAAGGUACUGAUGCUUCAGAGGAAAGUAGCUCAGCUGUCAGGUGCCAGCCACACCAACGAAAGCGAGAUGCUGGAGGUGAAGGUUAAAGAGCUGACCGCCAAUCUGGAAGACAAGAAGGAGACGACCAAAAUACUCAAGAACGCACUCAACGAAUGUGAGAUCGAUAUCCGCUGUGCGAAGAAAGAGAUGGAGAAGUUAGAGGCUCAGAAGAAAGACCUGACUGAGGAGGUUGACUGCCUGUUGGUGCUUUGUGUCAACAAAGAAAAGGAGUUGAAGAAGCUCAAACUGAAGAAGCAGGAUGGCUUAGUGAACAACAACCUUUUGAAGACAGAGGUGAAGCGCGUCAGGGAUAUCAUCUAUAUAGACGCGGACAGCAUGAUGUCAUGGGAGAUGAGAAAGUUAGAGCUGGAGAAAGCCAUGAAAGAGCGGGAGGAAGAGAUUCACGUUUACUCCGAAAUGCUCAGACAUCAGCUCAAGUUUACCGAGCUGGACAGGCAGAAACUGAGCAUGGAAUUAAAUGAAGAAUUAUCUAAAGUCGAAAUGGUGAAGAACCGCUUUGAGAUCAUGGAGAGUUCGCUGGCGGGCUCUGAGGGCGAGAAGUCCCAGAUUUACUACAUCACUAAGGCCACGCUAGACAAAGAGGAACUCAGACGGAAGUCAGAAGAUAUGAAGGAGCACAUCCAGAAGAUGGAGCUCGAAACCAAGGCUCUGGAGAACACCAUCCACUUGUUUUCGGGUCGCUGCUCUGAUUACAGCAACGGCCUCAGCGAAAUGAAGAAAUUCAGCGAAGAGUACCAGGAAAAGAUGCAGCUGGAGGAACGGCUGAAGACCGUCGAGGAAACGCUGAAGUUGAAGAAGCGGCAAAUUCAAGAGCUCCGUCAGGAAAUUCAGGACAUGAACAGCACCUGGGAGAGCCUCAUGCUAGAAGAGAAGGUGGAGAAGGAAAAGACACGUCACGUACAGGGUCUUAUUGCUAAUCUGAACAAAGAAGCAGCUUCUGCGCAGGAGAGAAUUAGCAGAGUCAUGAAUCAGUUCACCAAACUGACCAGAGAGGUUCGCUCAGCACAAAGCACCAGAAGUGAAACUCUUGAGGAGCAAGACAUCAAACUGAAAGAGUUAAAGCAGUUCAACAAAUCCAUCAACAAUAUGUUGAGUAAGGCCAUGGAGGAGGAUCCUGAUCUCAGACCUGUUCUGGAGGAACGCUUUCAGAAGACCAAUCUGCAGUUUCCACCUCCGACCUCCACACUCAGCAGCCAGGGUAGUUUCAAGAUGAGCUCUGCUCGAAGCUCCCUGUCUUCCAGGUCUUCUGCGUCGUCAGCUGGCAGCAGCCAUUCAAAGUCUUUGCCUUGGGUAAAAACGGUAAACCUGAACCUGGACCUGAGUGCUGCCUAUCCUACUAUCACUUCUCCUAAAAGUCCCAGCUCUCCGAGCAGCAGUGACAGCAGCUCCAGCAAAAAGACGAAGUAGCCGUCGCUGGCUGCGUUUCUGGCCUCUCGCUAAGAUUCAGCUCAUUUCUUGGUUUUGUAAAAUCAAAAAUGUUGAUUUUUACAAUGAUUUUCAUUCCUUGCAGAUGUGAAGUUUUGUGCAUUGUUCAUAAAUAUGUAAUAUGUUUUGCCCAGUUUAGUUUUGUUCUUGUGGUUUUCUGAGGUGUGAUUAUCUAUUGAACGCAAAGACGCACCAAUAAAAGUAAAAAGAUGA